GUAUGAUUCUCACUGACGAAGCUGUAAGUUCCUUAAAAACCCAAUUACAACAGUCAAUUGUGGUAUGUGCUGAACGAUGCUUAUUUAAUUCUGUCAAAUGGGCGACAGAAAUUUUGGAUGGAAUAAGACCCGAUCUGUUAGACAAGAAGAGUGCAUUUACAAAAACCGAAGCUCAUUUACCCACCGUAUCGAUAUACCAUAACCCAUACGAGAUCCAGUUUCCUGCACUAACCGAAUUAGAAUAUAAUCGAUAUCAAUAUGCAAAAGCUCUGUUCCAAAUGCGACAGUUUGAUGGUGUCACCAGUAUACUCGAAGGAUUCAAAUCACCAAGAUUGUAUUUCUUAAGGCUAUAUUCAAAAUAUUUGGCGGGGGAAAAACGAAAAGAGGAAGCAACUCAAGAUAUAUUAGGCACGACAGAAGACUCUCGAGAACACAACGCCGAACUCAUACCUCUUGAAAAUGAAUUACGAAAGGACAAUGAUAAUAACGAGCUGGAUUCGUUUUCCCUUUAUUUGUACGGAGCUAUAUUAAGAAAACGAGAUAAUAAUGUGAAAGCAUCCAUCGUUUUAUUGGAGUCUAUUCGAAAAUACGAGUACAACUGGAGUGCAUGGGCUGAGUUGGCAAUGCUUGUAAAAACACAGAAACAAUUCGAUGACAUACGUGCCUUAUUGAAUCGCUGUAUGGGCACAAGUAUUAUCAAGGAGUUCUUUCUGGCAAAACUAUGCAUUGAUUUACACCAGCCGACAUCAUUAUUCAGAGAGAUUAUGGGCCCAUUAACCGAAUAUUUUCCUAAUAGUCCUUAUGUGACAUCUCAAUGGGCUAAAAUGUUCUAUGAAAAUAUGGAUUAUGUUGCAUCAGCAUCAUUUUUCGAGGAUCUAAGAGAAUCUCACCCAGCUCGUCUGGAAGAUAUGGACAUCUAUUCAAAUUUACUUUACUUACAAGGAUCUAGAGAUAAAUUAUGUACGCUGGCACUAGAAUGCGGAAAGAUUGAUAAAUACCGAGCGGAAACAUGCUGCGUUCGGGCCAAUUAUUACGGUUCUAAACGGGAAAUGUCAAAGUCGAUUGAAUAUUUUAAGCGCGCAUUGAAAUUAAAUCAGAGCUAUCCGCUUGUAUGGACAUUGCUAGGCCAUGAUUACAUCGAGGACAAUAAUACAACAGCAGCAAUUGAAUGUUAUCGAAGAGCAGUGAGUAUAAAUAACCGUGAUUUUAGAGGGUGGUAUGGAUUAGGGCAAGCACACGAGUGCCUGAAUCUGCCUUACGAUGCUAUGUUCUAUUAUGAAAAAGCAACAGAUAUCAGACCGAAUGAUUCAAGAAUGUGGAAAGCAUUGGCGGGAUGUUAUAAGGGAUUACAACAAGAGAAAGAAAUGCAAGAUUGUUAUACAAGGGCGGUUGCUUGCGAUAAAGCAGGUAAAAACUCGGCUAUGAUUCAAGUGGGAAAGAUCUACGAAAAAAUGGGUAAAACCAAUAUGGCAAUCAAUUACUAUCAUGGUGUUUGGGACCAAAUGAAGCAUGGCGAAAUAACAAGUGAUUUGGCCGAUAUAAGUCUUAAAUUGGCGAAAUAUGCUAUGAUUCAGCAAAAUUAUAAUAAUGCAGAACUCUAUGCUAAAACUGCGUUGGAUGCAGAACAUCCGUAUCAUGAAAUGGCUCGGGAAAUACUUGAUGAAAUCCGUAUGUGUAGAGAAAGUGCAGCGAGUUAAUCUGUUAAUACAUUCUUGAUAUUAAAAAUAAAACAAGCUCUGAUCAAUAAGACUAAUUGGGAGAGAGCUCGUUGUUGUACAGCGGAGUAAUUAUGUAAUGAUAUAAUGGUUAAG